AUGCGUUCUAUCCUCGUACUUCUUUUCAGCGCCGCUGCUGUGCUUGCUGCCCCAACGCCUGAAGCCGAUCCCGGUUACGAAAUCGUUAAACUUUUCGAAGCUGCCAACUCUUCUGAACUCGACGCGCGCGGACUCUCUCUCGACUGGACCCUCAAACCGCGCGGACUCCUACAGGAGCGGCAGGGAAGCUGCAUGUCAAUCACAAUCAACCCUAGUCGUCCGUCUGUCAACAACAUCGGCCAAGUCGACAUUGACAGUGUUAUACUCGGACGACCUGGUGCUAUAGGCUCGUGGGAACUGAACAACUUUGUUACCAUUGGAUUGAACCGCGUAAACGCCAAUACAGUGCGAGUCAACAUCAACAACACCGGCAGGACUAAUCGCCUCAUUAUUACUCAAUGGGAUAAUACUCUCACUCGGGGGGACGUUUAUGAGCUUUUUGGUGAUUACGCUUUAAUUCAAGGUAGAGGAAGCUUUUGCCUUAAUAUACGAUCUGAUUCAGGUCGUGAAAAUUGGAGAAUGCAGCUAGAAAAUUAG